GGUGGACGUGAACCUGGUCUGUUCAAACCAAACAUCAUUGUUAGCAUGCAAAACACCCUACCUCGUUUAUACACAUCCCUUUCUAUGGUCGUGCUACGGUUCGAGCCACUGUAGCAAUGGCCGACCCUCUGUCUAAUACUAGAUCCAGCAAAAUCAGAUCGCGACAGUCGAUUGCGCAUUUCCCGUCGUCGAGGAACUCUGCUCUAAAGGACAAUGUAACAACCGAUAUUGCUGCCUUGCAGGCUCAGCAUAAUGUGUCGCCAGCAAGAGGAAAGAGGUCGCGGGGAAAGAGUAUCGGCCCUGGAGGACUAGAAGCUUUAAUAGAGUCAACCGGUAACAUCAUCAAGUCAACAGCAGCUGUCCAGAUCAAAUCUAUCCUGAAGCCUUCAAUUCCACUCACGCCGCCAAAGGUGAUACCUACCUUCGAUGAAUUACGAAAACGAAGCACGGGAAAGGGCCGGUCACCUGUAAAGACUGCCGCAGAAGAUCUGCUCAUUGACUUCUCAACACCUGGACCGACCCGGCGGGAAGGAGCUGAGACUUCAAUGUCAGGCACAGAAAAUGUGGCAGACCCGUUCAGUCCAAUCACGCGACGAUCGCCUCGAAGACAGGAAGUCGACAACACUGAAACUCGUGAGCGCGAACGUGAGGAAGAGCGAAAGCGCAAGGCAGAAAAGCAAGCGAUUCUUGAGCGCAGAGCUGCGCGUCGAAAGUCGUUGGCGAACAGAAGAGUCUCGUUCGCUCCAGAGGCCACAUUGCAUACAUGGAGUGUGAUGGAGCUUGCUGAGGACUCGACUACAAGCUCGGCUUCAAACUCCACAAGAAGACAGUCUUCAAUGACAGUGCAGCAGUCACCAGUAAAGGUGGCUGGACCCUCAGAAGCGCAUACAGUACCGUCAACUCCUGCCGAGCAAAUUGACGACCCAAUCGUAACAGAUUCACCCGAACAUCAGCGAAACCUUCACCAACGGAAACGUCGAAGAAGAAGCUCUGGUGGUCCAGAAGUCAUGCUGGAUGCUUCCCAAGAUGAAGUCUUCUUCUCUAGUCCAUCAGGUGAUGAGACUACAAACAGCAGCCCUGUGCGCAUCGAGGAAGGCAUCGAGUCGUCUGAAGAUUCGGACAGUGAUGGCGACACUGCGAUGAGUAUGGACGAUGCUACUAGUCAUACGGUAACCUCUCAGGAGUCAGGGUCAAGCACACAUUCUAGUUUGGAAGCACGUCUACGUGAAGCAGCGGAACAAGCUGGGACAGCUGGUAUACAUUAUGACGAGCACGGAGAGGAUAUGUCGAUGGAGAUGGUUGAUGGAACAGUAACAAACGCAUUCCAACCAUGGGCGCGAAACCAGAAAAUGGACCAUGCGAAUGACGCUGUAGGUGACCAGGGAAAUGACAUCAAUACUGUUGGUCGCGCGCAGCCUCCAAUCUCGGAGAUGGAUGCGGUUGAAGAGGUUGAAAAAGAGUCGCAAAUCCCAUCAGAGGACAUGAGUAUGGAUGUCACCAGAGCGGUUGGUGCCAUCUUAACCCGCGACUCUCCCAGCAAGAAAGAACAGAAGUCUCCAAAAGGGCGGCGAAGAAGCAUUCGUCCUCGCCGAUCUUCGGGAGCCGAGUCCGCAUACGACGAAACUAUGGAAUUUACAAGGAUGCAAGGAGGAAUCCUUGGAACAGUGUCUCAUGCAAGUGCUGCUGAUACAACGCAAAUGCGUGGCUCCGACGACGACAUGACGAUGGAGGUUACAAAAGCUUUUGGCGGGGUUUUAAGCAGUGCUGCUCGCCGUGAAUCGAUUGCCUCUGAGCAAGACGAGGAAAAUGAGACGAUGGAUAUGACAGCUGCUGUUGGAACGAUACUACCGCCGAUAGACGAGGAUACCGAACCACUGACCGACGCGGGAGACCAGACUAUGGCAAUGGAGAUGACCAAAGCAGUGGGCGCAAUACUGAAACAGUCCCCAGCGAAGAAAAGAGUGGCACGACAAUCUAUCGUGAACAUGCAUCAUCCUUCCAUGAUGGAAGAAGAGCAAACGAUGGAAAUGGAGAUGACAAAGGCAGUAGGCGCAAUCCUACAACAAUCUCCCUCAAAGAGAAGAGUGGCACGACAAUCACUUGGGAACAUACAGCAUCCAUCUGACACGGAAGAAGAGCAAACGAUCGCAAUGGAGAUGACCAAAGCGGUCGGCGCCAUCUUGCAACAAGAUUCGACCACAAGAGGCAGGCCGGCGGAGCAGCCUGCUCGAAGUGCGAGUACGCCAUCACCAGCCUAUAAUGCUGAACGGACAACACCAAAAUCCACACCAAAGUCUCAAUUACAUAUGACAUCUGUUGCCUCCGAGACUGGAAGUCCAAGUCGUGUCUUGAAGCCGCAGAUGUCCGGGAGAUCUCAGAGGAGUACACGAACAGCAUCUACAACCCCACAAACAAAUCCGAAGACUAAUACACCAGUGAAGUCACCAAGUCGACUCCAAGCGGAAACUCCGUCAAAGCAGAUUACACCUCUUCCACACCGAGCUGAAACUCCUAACAAGACUCCCUCAUCGGCCAAUGUGACACAUCGAGGUGCAUCCCCAAAGAAAUUGUUCAGAUCUGAAAUCAAAGCUAGGGCUUCCCCAGCAUCGGUCAAGCGAGAAGCCAAUCUCAACGCUAAGACGCUUUUUUCCCGAGAUGCUGAAACUGGCCAACAGACACCGAGUGUUGUUCUUCGUGCUCCGAGGCCACAGUUUAGUAGGCGAAGAUCGAGUGGCAUCGGUAUUGAUCGAGACGGCAUCGGGUCACACAAGGUCUCUGAGAUACUUGACCGAAGAGCGUCUAUCGGCGAAGCAGCAGUGGAAUUCAGGCUUGGUAGUACAGAAGCCCGGAAAUUACGAUUUGAAGAUCCUACCCAGCUGGAGCAAGAAGUGGAAGCGGAGCGAACCGAAGAGCACCGCCAGGAAAGUGGCCGAUUCAUCAUGGAGCAAGAGGCAGACGGCUCUCAAGAAGAGACUGGCACUUUGCAGAUAAAAGAGAUGAUCGAAACUAUGUCUCCAAAGAAAUCGAAGGCUGGCAAAGGCAAGGCAAGAAAGAGUCUGGCUGUUGGUGGUGCUAAGGGUCUGUUGGGAAAGAGACCCGCAGAACUGGACAUGGACGACGAAGACGAUGUUGAGUCGACCCCAAAACGCCUGAAGGCUGUGUCUCGAGAAGGAAGCCCGGUAAAGAAGAUCCACUUACCAAAACCACCAAGCAAAGACGAGACAACAGGCAGACUAAGUGCGAGACUACAACACUCACUUGGUGCCAUGGCUGGCGUCGAUAAUUUGACGCCGAAAUUGGGACCUCCAUCGCCAGGCAGAUUUACGGCAGCUGCAAGCCCUGCUGCCAUUGGACGCUUCAAGGACGUUCCCGUCGCAGAGGAAGAAAGACCUACCUCUUUUGAAGACAAGCUUGAUAACGUUGUUGGCGCCAUUGACGUCUCAACCGCUCAGCUGAAGGAUGGCUCUGACCAGCAGGAAGAGGAGAAGAUCUCAUUGCAAGAAUUUCUCAACAUGACAAACAUUCAUUUCAUUGAACUGUCAACAACCAAGAGAAGACACACCAUGGCACAAUCACUGCAGGCCAACGGCGCCCCAGAGAGUGCUGAGACCUCCAACACGGAAACGAACUUCGUUGCUGCCGCUACCACAUUGCCUAUGCUGGAGUUGUAUCAGCACGCCACGCGAGAGUUGAAGUCGUAUAUCUCAACAGGGCGCAAGAUCAUUCGCACAAUUGAAGCAGAGACUUUGGCCGAGCAGCCACCACUCUUCCGCGAGUACCUUGACGCACGUCCAGAUGUGAAAGUCGUCAUGGACAAUCAGUUUCGCAAUGGCAAGGCGAACGCAAGGCUACAGAGCAAAGAGGGAUGGUAUCAAUGGCGUGGACAGCUUGUCGAGGGUCUCAAGGCAGGUUUAGAAGGCAUCAAGCAAGGUAUGACGGAUGACUUUGACCUGCUGCAGCAUCAACAGCAGGUUUUGGAUGAUGUCAUGCCUCGAUUACUUCAAGAGCAGGAUCGGCUGCAGAACCGACAUGUAUGUUAUCAGCAGAACGUGGAAGAACUGGACAACAUUGACCAUGAAGCGCUGGCCGACUGCCGCAGUCAGCUGCGCGAUGCUGAUGCGCAAUACCUGCGAAAAUCGACAUUGUUGAAAGCUCUGCAACAGCAAAUGACAGAAAAGGAUGAAGCACUUUCGGCAGCUGCGGAAAUCAAGACCGAAAUGCAAAAUCAGAUUGCUGAGGCUGACCGGGUCAGGGACGAGCUUAAAGGUUGGCCUGUUGCUGACGUUCUGGCGCUGAAGUCGAGGGUUGACAACAUUCAACAACAGACUGGUUGGCGACUCCUGACUGCCGAAGCCGAGGUCGAAGAGCCUGAUGAGUUUGGUCCUGCUCUCAUCAUGCGGUACAAGGAUGAGCUACGGUUGUUCUUCUACCCACAAGCUUUCCAAUGCAGACCUUCCGAUGGCCACCGGCGCAGAUCAGGAAGGAAAUCUGCGUCUGUCUCCGGUCCAUCUGCCCCGAUCAGCUUACUCUUCGCGCCGGGUGAGGAGGACGACAUCGAAGCUGCUCCGCAGGAGCUGCCCACAGAGAAGCGCUUCUUUCUGCAAUUAAUUCGAAGCCAACUGCAUGGCUUUGCGAUGAUGCCCAAAGGAAGCAUCACACCGAGGACAUUGCUAUCGACUGUGUCGAAGGGCUGGGAGCUUGCAUGCAAGGUGUCUAAAGAGCUGAAGCUCCUCAAGCUCACUGGCAUCACGGUAGCCUCGAUUCUUGGAGACGAGAAGCUAGGCGUCACGGUCAUGCUGAUUAUACCUGGCCAAGGUCGAGUCAAUAUAGGGUUCACCAUGACCGUGACUAUCCUCAAUGACGGUGAUUUCAUGACUAAGGUGAGCGUCACGGCUGAUGCGAUUUAUGGGUCGGCUGAGGACACUCUUGCUGGAAAGAACAGAAAGAUUCAAACUGCGCUGGGGAAGGAGGUUCAAAGCAGUACAUUGGGAGAAGGGGCCUGGAUCAAUGCGAUCCAUGGGUUUCAAGACUGGCUGAGCAGCCAGGGCAGAGUCAAGGAGGGGGAACCUGAGACGACGACGACGAAUGAUGAUCAGGUCGUCGCUGCUGCGGAUACCCGUCUGGCUCCUGCCGCUGCUCUCGCGAUUGCAGAAAUUGGCCAUGCCGCUACCACCAGUGCGCCGUCUCCGCCUGUACCUGCACCCGCACCUGUUGCAAUCAAGCGCUCACCAUUGGCGCCCAAGCGAACAAACAUGGUACAGAAGAAAUCUUUGCCAGUGUCGAAGCAGCGAUUGGAAAAGCUCAAUGCCCAGCAGCUCUCGCAGGCGCUCGACAAGGAGAACUUCAACCCGUCGCUUUCCGUGUCGAGUAAAGGUAUACCAGCACACAAUGAAACGAGUGAUUGGGAGAGGGAGUCUGCCAGGCCAGCGAUCCCGCCGGAGAUGCAGGAGGUGAUGAUGCAUACGCCUAUCAAGCGUGUUGGAGCGUUGAGAAGAAGUCCGAUUUGAGAAUAUUCAUCACGAAUUACGAAGCGAUGGCACAAUGCAAGGGAGUAGAGACCUGAUAGGAUGCCAAAUACAGCGACAAUCGCAUCA